AUGGUGGAUUUCCUCUUCAAUGCCUCUUUCUUGGAUGAUAUGGGGGAUCAUUCCAAAAAGAAAUCAGGAAUUGCAAUGUGCGUGGGCUGUGGGAGUCAGAUACACGACCAGUACAUCAUGAGGGUUUCCCCGGACCUAGAGUGGCAUGCAGCCUGCCUCAAGUGUGCAGAGUGCAGCCAAUAUCUGGACGAGAGCUGCACUUGCUUCGUCCGAGAUGGAAAAACUUAUUGUAAAAGAGAUUAUGGAAGGUUAUUUGGCAUAAAAUGUGCAAAAUGCAACACGGGCUUCUGCAGCAGCGACUUGGUAAUGAGAGCACGGGAAAGUGUGUAUCACAUGGAGUGUUUUCGGUGCUCCGUGUGCAGUCGACACCUUCUACCCGGGGACGAGUUCUCGGUGCGGGACGACGAGCUGCUGUGUCGGGCCGACCAUGCCCUGUUGCUGGAUCGGACCUCCGGAGACAGCCCGCUAAGUCCUGGAAACAUUCACGGCAGACCCCUGCACAUUUCUGACACAGUCUCCGUUCGGCACCAAUCACAUCACCGGAACCACAUUCACAAGCAGUCCGAGAAGACCACCAGGGUCCGGACGGUGCUGAACGAGAAGCAGCUCCACACGCUGCGGACGUGUUAUAACGCCAAUCCGAGGCCCGACGCCCUCAUGAAGGAGCAGCUAGUGGAGAUGACCGGCCUGAGCCCCAGGGUCAUCCGAGUUUGGUUCCAGAACAAACGCUGCAAAGACAAGAAGAAGUCCAUUCUGAUGAAGCAGCUGCAGCAGCAGCAACACUGUGACAAAACGAACCUGCAAGGCCUUACAGGAACCCCCCUGGUGGCUGGCAGCCCCAUCCGCCACGAUAGCAGCGUGCAGGCCAACUCGGUGGAGGUGCAGACGUACCAACCACCGUGGAAAAGCCUCAGUGACUUUGCCCUGCAGAGUGAUCUGGAUCAGCCCGCCUUCCAACAACUGAUGUCUUUUUCCGAGUCUGGCUCGUUGGGGAACUCUUCGGCCAGUGACGUCACCUCGCUCUCGUCUCAGCUUCCGGACACACCGAACAGCAUGGUACCGAGUCCAGUGGACACGUGA